UUAGUAUUUUGUUGGACAUUAAAAAAAAAAAUCUAAUCCAUAAUAUAGGAGGCGAAGAGGAUAGUUGGUUUUCAUGACGUACGAGAACCAGAGAAUUCAUAUCUCCUAAAUAAACAUAAAAGAAAACGGACAAUAUAUGCAAAGAUCCCAAAACCAUAACGUACUCUCUGUGUUGUACGUUGUUUCAAUCUCCCGCUAGCACGAGCAUGGCAGUUCAAGCUAAAACUCCUCGUAUUCGCUUGUCUCACAACUUUCACUCUCCUAUGCCAGCAAAUCUCUCUCUUCUCGGCAUACCGUUCAGAUCAACAACUUCACAACCUGGAAGAAGGAAGUCUCCUAAACUCAGCUGCAAAUCCAACGGCGAUGACAGCGAGCAAGAUUAUCUCAUAGAUGCUCCAGUUUCAGUUGGCGAUGGCUUUUCCUUCAGCGGAGGAAAAUAUUCUGAUGGGCCGAGCCGAUCAGAUGAAUGGUUUAAGCAAGGGAAGAUAGUGAGAGCUCAUCGUGUUCUUGGUUCUGGUGAGAAGGCCAAAGAUCCCUUUUUUGGACUUAAGAUGGGUUCUGGUUCUCAGGCCCCGGACGAUACUUUUAGAUGGUUUUGCGUUGAAAGUGGAAGUGCUGAUAAUCCUUCAGUCAUAUUAAUUCACGGUUUACCUUCACAGGCAUACUCUUAUCGUAAAGUUCUUCCUAUACUCUCUAAGGACUAUCAUGCCAUUGCUUUUGACUGGCUAGGUUUCGGAUUUUCAGAUAAGCCUCAACCUGGAUAUGGGUUUGACUAUACUUUGGAUGAAUAUGCAUCAUCCUUGGAGUCUCUUAUAAGUGAACUUGCCACCGGCAAGGUCUCACUUGUUGUCCAGGGCUACUUCUCCCCAGUUGUGGUUAAGUAUGCUCUCAGUCAUCAGGAGAAGCUCAAUGACUUAAUACUGGUUAAUUCUCCUCUAACAGCCAAACAUGCCAACCUUCCAUCAACCUUGUCCAUAUUCAGCAACUUCUUGCUUGGUGAAAUAUUUUCUCAGGAUCCUCUAAGGGCUAGUGAUAAAGCCUUGACAAGUUGUGGUCCUUACAAAAUGAAAGAGGAUGAUGCAAUGGUUUAUAGAAGACCAUAUCUCACAUCUGGUUCAUCUGGUUUUGCACUAAACGCAAUUAGCAGGGCCAUGAAGAAAGAGCUCAAGACCUAUGUGGAGGAUAUGCAGAGAAUACUGACAGAUAAAAAUUGGAAAGUUCCAACAACGGUUUUGUGGGGCCAAAGAGACCGCUGGUUAAGCUAUGAUGGAGUUGAAGAUUUCUGCAAGGAUGCAAACCAUAAGCUUGUAGAACUACCGAUGGGAGGACAUCAUGUACAAGAAGAUUGUGGGGAAGAACUUGCGCAGAUCAUUUCCAGGGUUCUCAGCAAAAGGAGCCAAAUUUGAUGUUACAAGACCAUUCCUUCUUGAAUAACUGAUGAUACAAAAACAUUAUUCUUUAAUUAACACGAGGUAUACAGUAUAUAUAUAUAUAUAUAGUCAGUCUUUGAGUAAUGCUAAAUACAUGAUCUUUAGGAUGUGCAAAUCU